AUGAAACACAACAACCAACUUCCGAAUGCACAUUUCCACAAGGACUGGCAACUCCGUGUGAAAACCUGGUUUGAUCAACCAGGACGUAAGAAGAGAAGGAGACUCAAUCGUAUCAAAAAGGCUGCUAGAAUUGCACCUCGUCCGGUUGAGCUGUUACGACCUGCAGUUAGAUGUCCCACAAUUAGGUACAACAUGAAGUUGAGAGCUGGGCGUGGAUUUACCCUGGAGGAGCUGAAGAGCGCUGGCAUUAACCGUAGGGAAGCCCUAACGAUCGGUAUUCCGGUAGACCAUCGUCGUAAGAACAGAUCAGUCGAAUCUCUCGAACUUAACGUUGCACGCUUGAAGACCUAUAAAUCCAAGCUCAUUAUUUUUCCCAAGAAAUUGCGCAAACCCAAGCCGGGUGAUUCGAAUCCGGUUGAAUUGGCCCAAGCAAAACAAAUUAAAGGACCUGUUUUGGCUAUUGAACAAACAUGGGUUACGGAAAAUCCUCGUAAGAUUACGGAGGAAGAAAAGAAUUUCGAUGCAUACUCUACCCUUCGGAGGGCACGCUCUGAUGCGCGUCUCGUUGGUGUGCGCGAAAUGCGACGCAAGGCCAAAGAAGAGGAAGAAGCCAAUAAGAAGAAAUAG